AGGCACCUGAAUGCCCUGGGAAGGAGCAGCAAAACUUUCUGUCAAGCUCCCCUUCCUCUCCUAUGCUACAAAUACACCCCUGCUGAGGGUGUCCCAGUGCCUGCCAACAGCUGCAGCCUUCGGCCCCACACACCUGCAUGUGGGGUGACCCACGCGAGCAGCCUUUCCCACACCAGGAAGCGAGUGCCGCGUCCCAGUCUGUCUGGGUCCUGCUCACCUCUCCUCACAGCCACCUGUCUCCUCUGGCGUGACUGUGCAUGGCAUGGCCAGCGGCCAGGGCCUGAGGGCAGGGACAUGGGCAUUGUCCCCAUUUCGGAGUGGGUAGCCUGGAACACAUCCUUUGGGGGGUCAGACUCCGGGAGCGGGUCCCUCUCCGGCCCCUGGUAUGGCACACACAAGACUCAGCUCUUCGGAGUUUUACUUGCUGCUGCUUCAAAUUUUCUGAUUAGUGUCUCUUUGAAUAUACAGAAAUACGCUCAUCUCCGACUGGCUUGCCAAACAGAGCCGAAGCCCUACUACACGAGCAAGCUGUGGUGGUGUGGCAUUACCCUCCUGGGGCUUGGAGACGUGGGCAAUUUCACAGCCUAUGGAUUUGCCCCCAUUGCCCUUGUUGCUCCACUGGGAUGUGUAUCUGUCAUAGGUAGUGCAUUUAUUUCUGUCUUAUUCCUAAAGAAGACCAUGAGGGCUGCUGAUAUAUUGGGAGGAACGCUGACAGUAACAGGGACAUACUUGCUGGUGACAUUUGCUCCAAAGGUACCCCAAGAGCUCACAGCAAGAGGAGUACAGAAAUACUUAGUGAGUUGGCCUUUUUUGCUAUAUUUGAUCUUAGAAAUUAUAAUAUUCUGCAUUCUCCUCUAUUUUUACAAAAGAAAGGCUGUGAAGCACAUCGUGGUUUUGUUAAUGAUGGUAGCACUGCUGGCAUCACUGACUGUCAUUGCUGUAAAGGCUGUGGCCAGCAUGAUAACACUCUCUGUGAAGGGGAAAAUGCAGCUAACUUACCCUGUUUUCUAUAUCAUGAUUGUUUUAAUGGCAACUUCUUGUGCUUUCCAAGUCAAGUUCUUGAAUCAAGCAAUGCAUCUGUACGAAGUGACAGCAGUUGUACCCAUUAAUUUUGUGUUCUUCACCACCAGUGCCAUCAUCUCAGGGGUCGUAUUUUAUCAGGAAUUCCAAAGCGCAGCUUCUCUGAGCGUGUUCAUGUUUCUGUUCGGGUGUCUCCUAUCUUUCCUUGGUGUAUUUGUAAUUGCAAGAAACAACAAAGAGGAGCAUUUACAAAUUCCUUUUAUUGACUGUGGACAUAUUCCUGGACAAAAAAUGACAAGCAAAAUACAACCAGAUUCUCACAGUUCACGCUAUGGCACUUUAAAUAAUGAAGAUGACUCGGUGAAAAGUCAAAGCUGAAAGAAACAAGCACCUUACAUGCCAAUAACAGGAGGAAUGCCACUGGAACAAGGAUCAGCAGCACCUUUUUGUUGGACAUAUUCAAGUAUAUUAUGAACUUCUGUAUGUUGAUGAGCCAUAGUAUUAUUUAAUCCUACUUAAUUUAUCCCAUGGCUGUCCCAAAUGUGUUCUGAAGAUAAAGGAAGCCUUAAGAAAAGCUAAAUAACCAUUCAUGAAACUGAAUAUUCUCCUAGUAUCAAUGCUCUUGGGGGUAUUUUUAGAGUCUUGAUUGCCUUGAAAUGCAAACAGGCACAAAACAGGAUUAUAAAAAAUCCCCUUUGAAACCUCCCAGGUCCAUGUAGAUGCUUAAAGACAAUGGUGGCAAAUGAGAAGAAUUUUCAUAAGUGACUUCAAAGUAUUCUGCUAUAUAUAUAAUACCUUUAAAAAAUCUGAUCCUUCCUGUUCUGGAGUCAGAACUGUGGACAUAUACACAGUAUACACAAACAUGUAUACACAAAGUAUUUUAUAUUAUGUGUAGAGGGAAAAUCCCAACUAUCUUCCACCAUCAGAUUAAUUCUCUUAUCUUACAAGGAAAUAAACACCUGUGUGAGGAGUGGAAAGGAAGAGAGCAUUUGUCAUAAAUAUAGGCACAUGUGCACCUGCACACAUUUGAGGUGCCCAGCCAAGGCAGAGCUAUGGAACCUUGCUUGACAUUUUACAUCUUCCCAGAAGAGUCUGGUGCGCUGGGCUGGGCUGGGCUAUCCUUUCUGUUAGUAUAGUCUAGCCUGAGGUUUAGCCGCUGUUUUCAGGAAAACAAGGGUUUAGUAAAGAAAGUGCUAAGUUCUCCAGAGGGAAUAUGGUGGCCAGGCUCCCUCCCUUGAAGUGUCUUGGAAAAAUACUCCUAAAAAAGAAAAGUAGGGCAACUCCUGCCUCCUUCCCAAACAGCUGGUAAUCCUGGAUGAGGAAAGGCUGUAAAAAGCAGGAUCACAAAGAGUUAUGGUAACAGUACAGUUUCUCUCCUUCUUUAAAUGGUAGUGUCUCCACACUGAUUUGAAGAGCCAGCAGUGAUGGGAACCACGGCAGUACAGGCUCUGUGUUCAGGUCUGGGAGGUCUCAGUGUCCCUCAGUCCCAAUCUCCCAGCAAGAAACCUUCUUCCGGGAAUUCAUCAUGGGUCCACUUACCCCUGCCUGGUAGCACUGAUUUACCUCAGCCAGCACAGCAGGAGUCAGACACCUCCUCUGCAGAAACAAGUGAAAGUGCUCUUGAAAAGUGUUUGCAUCUUGGACAAGAUUCUUCUUUGAGAUUUGAAUUAAUCUGCAGUAAUGGACAGGGGCCACACACUGUGUGUAUUUUGUUUCAGUGGGAUGUCAGGAAAGGAGGUCCCUUUUUUUCCAAAAUAGUUGUUUAUUUCAUUUUAAGACAGGUACAGCUGAAGAUCCAUAAAACAGUUUCAUUUCAAACCCCACAGAGCUGCAGUUUUUCCUAUGCAGCAUUGUCCCAGGAGCCAGGCUGCGGGGUGGGGGGUUGUGAUGUUUUUUUCCAGUGUGGAUUUUUUCCAGCUGGCACAAGACUCUGUGUCUGCACCUUACUUGUACCAGCUGCCUGGCUGUGGCCUUUCUUUCCCCUCUUACAGCUUGAGUUCAAGUUUCUGAAGCUUAAAUUUUUUUUUUUAAAAAAAGCAUAUUAUUUUUGUAUGCUUUCUCCAGAGAAUAAGGGCAUGCCUCUUUCUUUUGCAAGUCAGAUUUAAGCCACUUUCUAAGUCUCAAGUGACAGUGUGUGCUAAAGUUGGAAAUAGAAGGCCUACAGUUGUUCAUUCUGUGACCUGGGAAACAAAUUGCAUGAAAUUAUUUGUUUGGGGGGUUUUGUUGUUUGAUUUUGGGGGGUUUUUUUGUUGGUUUGGUUUGGUUUGUUUUUUUUUAAAUGAUUGGCCUUGGACAUCUUUCCCAAAUCUGUUUCCAUGGUUCAGGAGUGCUGAAGGAGAUAGUAAAGGUUACCACACAUAGGAUUUUCUCUUUAAGGCAGGAAAUCAAAUGUAAAAAUCUCUGGCAAAAGUUAUUAUUUACUUUAAACUACUGUAUUUCUUCUUGAAUAACACUUAUUUUCUUCUUAUGAGUUUAUAAAAAAAAUUAUAAAGGUUAAAAUGUUUUCUGUAAACUUGAAUGAAAUUGAAAUUAAUUUAUGGAGCAAAUUACUGGUGGGAAUUACGUACAAUUAAAACUUGUGACUUGACAUGAUUUUUGAGAAGUGAGCAUGUUCCAACUCAUUAAUGUAUUACAAGAUCGGAAAA